AAUUGAAAACGUCAGUCAGUCGGAUCAAAAUGUAAACACAACACAGUUCAUAAACUCGCUCAGAAGCAACAAAAUUUAACAAAUUUAACAAUUUUCAAGCAGUGCCAGCGUAUUACACUGCACCGCAACCGUAUCGUCACCUGUUCCGCCGUAACAGAGAAAUUGCACCACAAAAUGAUUCUUUAAAACACAAAGUUGCAAGGUUCCACUGCGCCCAGCGUUCUCCAUCAAAUGGAUAUUGAAAGAUACAACACCUAGGUUGUUCAACAAAUUGCCUAUUGUGAUUCCCACCCGCCCCUUAUGCGCAACUGGUUCCAACGACCAGUUUCUCUCCGUGGCUGCAUUCGAAUCCCACCCUAUAGUAUCCUUACAAAUUCAUGGCAUUAAGCGUGAAGGUGAAACCAACCAAAAGUCGAUCCACCUUCGGGAGAGACCCUACCAUAUACGAUUAUGCCAACAGUCCGAAGUGCUCUAACCGUGCGUCGAAGGUCAGCAGCAAGAUAUCUCUAGCCGAGAUAGAGCUGGAAGCGGAACCGCUCGGUGAAGAAGCAGAGCAAACCAUUGGAGCUGGGGGGAAAGGGCCCGCCACGGAUGCACCACCGGUAGUCACGUACAAUGACUACCAUAUCGACUUGUGGUUCCUCGUGUCAGAGUUUAUUCAGCCGGAGGAUGUGUGCCGGUUUGCGCUAAUUUGUCGCAAAACGGCCGAAGUUGUGCAGAGUGGCCGAUUCUGGACGCAGCUGUAUCGUUCGUACUACGAUCGCUCGAUCGAGCUGCCCGCCCGCUUCCAGCCGGACAGCAUGGUACGGCUGCGUGGUCUGCGCUCGGCAGUCGUACGGUCGCUCUACUAUCUGUACCCGCCGUUCGUGGCACGCUUGACGAUGGGAACGAACCGGCACCAGUAUCGCGUCGUAGGACGACAGCUACUCACCAGCUGGCACAAGCGUACGAAAGGCUGCUGGACGUAUUGCUUCCGGCUGAAGGCACCGUUCAAGCCGGGCAGUCGACCGGCCCGAUCAGCCCAGCUACAGCGGGAGAAAAAUUCACUCGCCUUCAUGCAGGACAUCUACAUGAACCCGGAGGAAGGAUGCCAGAUUCUGAUGAUAACGACCGACUUUCUCAAGGUGAUACCAAUGUACAACGAGACGCUGUUUGUGAAAAACAUUGUGCAAACACUCUCGCAGAGCAUGAUGCGCUACAAGAUAGUGCUUCAGCUGGGGAACUAUUGCGGCAAACGAAUAACGGACCUCGUGUUCGAUCCGGUGUGCAACGUAAGCGUACUGGACUGGUGGACACCGCAGUACUAUAACGAAAUCGGCAGUCCGGCGGAAGACGAGUCGGCGUUGGCCGACACUGAGUGGACCGAUGAUUCGGAUUGGGAUAAUUAGAGGCAUGGGGAGGAACCACCGUCCCCUUGUCUGUUCGCUGUGGUAAUUGUUUAAAAUAUUUUGAACGGAAUAUAUGUACAAGAGUGUGAUCUUCGGUCGAUC